CCUGUCUCCGGGCUGCAGCGCCGGGAGAGGCGUCCUUCAGGCGGCGCUGAGCGGUGGCCCGGCGCGGCACGGCGGCGGUGACUGUGCAGCAGGGAGCCAAGGAGGAGCGCAGCGGAGCUGUGUACAUCUGGAGCUCCACGCUGUACUUGUCUAGGAGAACAGCUCCACCUCUCAGCACCAGGGAUAAGCCAGCGCCCAGCUGUCACAGUGCCUGUGCCACUCUGCGUUGGAGCCAGCUGAUGAUAGACUGAAACCUCUACAGACCGUGAGCUAAAUAAGACUCUCCCCCUUCAACCUUGAGUGUCAGGUGUUUUAUCUCAGCAACAAAAAAAGUUUGCUGGGAUGGGAAACCUGCUCAAAGUCCUGACCAGGGAAAUUGAAAACUAUCCACACUUUUUCCUGGAUUUCGAGAAUGCCCAGCCCACAGAAGGGGAGAGGGAGAUCUGGAACCAGAUCAGCGCCGUGCUGCAGGACUCCGAGAGUAUCCUCGCCGAUCUUCAGGCCUACAAGGGCGCCGGGCCAGAGAUCCGAGAUGCGAUUCAAAACCCCAAUGACAUCCAGCUUCAAGAAAAGGCCUGGAACGCGGUGUGUCCCUUGGUGGUGAGGCUGAAGCGCUUCUACGAGUUCUCCAUCCGGCUCGAGACAGCCCUGCAGAGUCUGCUGGAGUCCCUGACGUGCCCGCCCUACACGCCAACCCAGCACCUGGAGCGCGAGCAAGCCCUGGCAAAGGAGUUCGCGGAAAUCUUGCACUUUACGCUUCGGUUUGAUGAGCUGAAGAUGAGGAAUCCAGCAAUUCAGAAUGACUUCAGCUACUACCGAAGAACAAUAAGUCGCAAUCGUAUCAACAACAUGCACCUAGACAUUGAGAAUGAAGUUAAUAACGAGAUGGCCAAUCGAAUGUCCCUCUUCUACGCAGAAGCCACGCCAAUGCUGAAAACCCUGAGCAAUGCCACCAUGCACUUUGUCUCUGAAAACAAAACCCUGCCGAUAGAAAACACCACGGACUGCCUCAGUACAAUGACCAGUGUCUGCAAAGUCAUGCUGGAAACUCCGGAGUACCGGAGCAGGUUCACGAGUGAAGAGACGCUCAUGUUCUGCAUGAGGGUGAUGGUGGGGGUUAUCAUCCUCUACGACCACGUGCACCCUGUGGGAGCCUUCUGCAAGACAUCCAAGAUCGACAUGAAGGGCUGCAUAAAGGUUCUGAAGGAGCAGGCCCCAGACAGCGUGGAGGGACUGCUGAACGCCCUCAGGUUCACUACAAAGCACUUGAAUGAUGAGUCAACUUCCAAACAGAUUCGAGCAAUGCUACAGUAGGAGCCCUGCUUUGAGAAGAGGAUCUGUGUGCUGACCUCAGAAGAUGUAUAUGUUUACAUAAUUUAAUACAGAUUGAUGUUCAUACUUGUGUAUUUACACAACCGUUUCCUUCUCGUCCCUGAAAUAUAUGGACCUUAAUUUGUACCCUGACUGACUCAGCCCAGCAGAGUAUAAAUUGACUUGAGAGCUUUACCUUCAAUGUCUGAAAGAAAACCCCUCUCCCAAGCCAGAUUUGGAGACUUUGACCUUGUCCUGGAGUCUUCAAUGAUACCUGUAACAAUCAGAAAUCCCUAAUAGUUUGUGGUAGUGUUUUAAUUCUGGCUGUACGUAUUAUCCCUCCGGGAGCAUAGUUCAUAGAAACACAAAGUGUCUCGAUUUCCUGAGUCAGCUCAACUACAAGAGAUGCAACUGACAGAAACAGAAGGCAAGAAAGGGAAAUGCAUGUGGAGGAUACCAGUGCUCCGAGUUCCACACGCCCCACUGUCCUCCGCCUGCAGACCGAGAGCGCGACCUUUCCGUCUGUGCAUGUUGUACUAAUCAAUGUCUCUCCUUCUGGCUGAGUCUCUUCUGUCCCUCCAAGGCACCCUUUUACUUCUGCAAGAGGAAAAGCGCCUGUGUUUUAGUCAGUUAGUGAAAGAAGCAGGGAUAGAUGGAUGGGUUCUUGCAGCUGAACUGACUUGAGGACAGGGAUUUUUUAGAGCAUUUGAGAGAGAGAGAGGGAGAGAGAGAGGGUGUCAGUGUAGGCAUCUUCCAGUUUCACCCUCCACCUACAGAGGUGAGGAAUGGAGCUUGGCUUUGAGACCUGACCUCCAGCUAGCUACCUGCAAAUGCUGGACACCUGCCCCGCCCCGCAUUGUCCCUGUCCUCUGUGGGCCAUGCCUGUGGGAACAAAGGUCAAGGGCAAUACAUUAGUUACCAGAAAACUGGGCUUAGAGAAACAACACCCACAUUUCCUGGUUCCCUGUUGUGAAAAUGCAACUCUACCCUACCCCUGCAGAGCUGCUGGUGGGCACGGUGUGAAAGCCAGGAUCUAAGUAUCUGGGUGUAGUCCCUGCCCUAUAACAAUUCACAGUGUGAUCUUGAGAAAUCCCCUUGGCUCUCCACAUUGCACCUUAUCCAUCUAUAAAAUGGGCGACUAAAACAGACAAUCUCUAAAAGCCCUAUAAGGCUGGUAGCCAAUAAAGCUGACUCUACCCAUUCGCCUUUGUGAGUAGAUUCUAAGAAACACUGCCCACCUGCCGAGAUGCCUUCAGCUAUUUCUGUGUGUAGACUGAGUUCAGCUAGAAUGUGAUCUUGGAAACUGUUUUGUCUGACAAGGGAGGACGAGGCCCCACGAUGUGGUCACACGGGAUGGCUACGAGGUGGGACCAGAACCCAAGAUGCUUCCCUCCUGAAUCCACGUGCUUCCUUCUUCACCAUAUGGCCUGGAAGUACUACUAUGGGAUGGAACUGAGCCCCUGUAGGGAAAUCUUAAGAUGGACCUAAUGACUGCUUGCUCAUUUCUGUUGGAAAGGAAGAGUUGCCCCGCUGUCAUGGUUCCGGAGGCUGGGUCUGGCCGUGUUUGUGGCAUUCCAAGGAGUAAGCGGGAAGAUUGCCAGCCAGCAUUCCCUUGAGUCCUCCAGGAGAAGGGAAUAAAUACUUUUUUGUUUGGUUUUGUUUUCCUGUCAAGUGACAGGAAAGAGCACUGGUCUAGAUGCAAAUUAUCAGCCAACAGGGAGAGGAAAGGGCCUUUCCUUGGAGGUUGAAAGCUGGAUGAGUACAGCUGCUUAGAAGGAGGUUCACUCUUCAGAACAGAAAAAUGCUAGAUGGCUGCCAGGACACUUUCAAACCUGCGAAUUCUGAAACCGUAGAGGAAACCAGAAUGUACGGCGAUGCAGUGUUAGCAGACUCAUUCAGUGUUCAGCUUAACAGUUGUUCUGGUUGGCAUCCACUUACCAUGCCUGGCCAACAACUGCCCAGCCUGGGAGAAUGGAAUAUACAAUGUUUAUUUACCACCUUUGGGUCCAUUUUCUUUUCUCUCCAAAAGGAGAUAAAGGUGUAAAGGGAAGAAAGGACUUGCCAGUCACCACUGGGCUCUUGAACACAGCCCAAGGGACUUUAACUCAAGCCAUGUAUCUAUAUCACAGCUGCCUCUCAGCUGGUUCAGUGAGAAAGUGUUAGGGAUUAUCUGUCACAUGAUAUAUAUAAAUGUAUAAAUAGUUCAGCACAUUUAUAAUUUUUAAUUAGACUUUCUAUCAAAUGGGACCAAACAUAUGUGUGAGGCUGCUAGGUCUGCUUCCAUUUAGCCAGCUACCUUGUCCCCAAGCUGGGAUUCAGCCAGACGUGCAUUCUGAUGAGCCCAGGGUCUCUGCUGUUGCCUGUGAGUCCUGGUAGGGCAGGUUGUGUGUCUGUGAUCACCAGCCGGGAAUGGGCGGACGUCUGCUCCCAGCUGUGGGAGACACUGUCUCUUAACACUGUCCUCCAGGCAUCUAGGAUCCUCGGACAAUCAGCUUUUCAUGCUGCCUGCACACGGGUCCGAGAGUCAUGGGUGGUUUAGGGGAAGGUGCUCGCGACAGUGUCAGUGUUGAUGUUAACUGUAUUUCAUAUUUGAUGUCUCAUAGUUUUCAAAUAAAUAGUUGUUUUCCAUGACUCAGAUAUUUAUUUUUGGGCAAGCAGCAAGGUGAAAAUUAUGUUUCUCAGAUACAUAACUACUUUGGUACUCUAACACUGCUCAGAAGCCUUUCAGUGCCACUAGGCAUUAAAGGUAAAAACUCAGGUGGAAAUGGGUGCUUUGAAUUGUGCUGGCCCAUUAGGGCUGGAAUAGUAACCAACAACCAAAAAGAUCUUGGGUAUUAUCUAGUUGUGGUUAAUACCGUGCUUCACUGACAUUUGUUCUUAGUCCUAAUGGGUGUGUCAAGACAAUGGUAAACACAGAUGUUUGAUACAUUGUUCCAGGUAAAUAAAAAUAAUUUCAUGCUUC